AUGGAGUCAGCUGGAAAAUUUGUAAUGUACUUUACAGCGCUUGUUCUAUUUGCGUUAUCGGUGAUACUGCUUCUGGUUGGAGUCAAUACUUUCUAUCACUUUUCUUCCUAUACGAGCGUUUUAAAUUAUCAUCUGCUUUCUCCUGCAGGCGUCACGAUUUUCUUUGGGUUGACUUUGAUCAACGUAUCUUUUCUUGGCCUGCUUGGCGUCUUUUGUCGCAGCUUUCUCCUGCUGAGCUUGUUUCAGCUGCUUCUGUUUCUUCUCCUCGUCUUCGAAGUGCUGAUUGGGAUUAUCCUGGCUACGCUGCGUUACGGCACCUACCCACCGAUUGCAACCGCCAUGUUGAAUUCCGAAGAGCGUUACAAAGGAAAUACAGCCGUCGCUCGAGCUUGGAACGAAAUCCACAGUCACUUCUCUUGCUGUGGAACAAGCCAGUACAACGAAUGGUAUCCAUUCUUCGGCAAUGUGUGCCGCCGAUCCCCUAAAUGUGUCGCAAUUAUUUCUUUCUUUCUUUCUCUCUCUCUCUCUCUCUCUCUCUCUCUCUAA